CACAGUUCGCCGUCGCUGGGUCGAGUUUCGAUUUCGAAGUGUAUCCGCUGCUGCAUUUCUUUUUCUUCAGUUUGUUUCAAAACGUUGCUGAGGAAAGUGUGCGACCGUCGUUGACGAUACAACUCCGUUCGUUCGCCACGAGUCUCCUUCACGCUUCGCCGUCAAUCGCAGUUAAAAGUGGUUUUAAUAGCUGGGAAAUUGUCUCCUGAUAGUUGUGAGAAACUCGUAAGGUUAAAUUCGUGUGAAAAAGGAAAUUCACGGAGUCUACCACUACACUCGCGUGCGUCGAUAGUCGAAGUCCCCAUAAAAGUCAAGAGGCGACGUCCAGUGAGACGAGGGUGAAGACGGCAAUAAGUUAAGAUCAAAAGCGGAAAAUGGCAUCAGGAGUAACUGUUUCCGAUGUCUGUAAGACAACGUAUGAAGAAAUCAAAAAGGACAAGAAACAUCGUUAUGUUAUUUUCUACAUCCGUGAUGAGAAACAAAUCGAUGUUGAAGUAAUUGGUGAUCGUAAUGCUGAAUAUGAUCAAUUUUUGGAUGAUAUUCAAAAGGGUGGACCAGGAGAAUGUCGAUAUGGCCUGUUUGAUUUCGAAUAUAUGCAUCAAUGUCAGGGCACGUCAGAAAGCUCGAAGAAACAGAAACUUUUCUUAAUGUCAUGGUGCCCAGACACUGCUAAGGUUAAAAAGAAGAUGUUGUACUCAAGCUCUUUCGAUGCCUUGAAGAAAUCCUUGGUCGGAGUUCAAAAGUAUAUCCAAGCUACUGAUCUCUCCGAAGCCUCACGAGAAGCUGUAGAGGAAAAACUUCGCGCCACAGAUCGUCAAUAAAAUAAAAACAAUACAAUACAUACAAGAAGAACUUUAAUAAAAAAUACACAAUAUUUAUAAAUAAACUAAACAAAUAAAAAAACAACAAAAACAGAAAACCAAUAUAAUUAUUAAUGAUUGCAAUUUAAAGAAAGCAAAAUGAACAUUAAGAAAUAUAACUUUUUUUAAGCAAAGUAAACAAUUUUCAGAAGAAAACAACAAAUAUAUUCUUACUCUUGUAUAAAAAGGUAAAGAACUAAGAAAAUUCAAUAAAAACGAAUUACUUUCAAACGAAAAUAUCGUAAGCAUCCGCUUUAUAAAAUAUAUUUCAUAGUGAGAAAUAUUUUUGGGGGACAUAAAUAAGAACAAGAAAGACUUUUCUAGUGUGACCCCUGUUGUUUGACUCAAUCAGGACAACUAUGUAAAUUGCAUCAUGGUGCGAAGUGUGUUUAGUUUGAGAGACGCGGCCAACACACUUUCGAGUCUUUACCAUUUUUUUUAUCUCGUUUCCUUUUUUGUACAUUUUUAUUUUCCUAUUUCUCUGAUCCUUUGAACAAAAGGUUUUUUUGAAUAGCUUGGACUUGAACAAUUUCUGCAUGUACGUUUUUUUAGAAAUAAAACUUGAAUAAUUUAUUUUCGGACGAAUA